CGCGCGCGCAGGGCGGUGAACGUUUGAAUUGUUUUUGAAGAAGUUUUUUUCUUAAGUGUUGUUGAUUGAAAGUAAUACAAUGGACUCGGUUACUAUCCAGUCUGUCAGAGCUUUUCACACCUUCCUGCUUCAACUCUGUGACCAAGAAAACAAAGGGUUGUUAAAGGAACCCGUGCUGUAUGAGGAUGAUGUUAAAGUCCAUAUUGUAACUAAAGUGAACAGAAGUCCUUUGCAAGCUUUCUGGAAGAAGAAUGUGCCCAUCUUUAUAGCAGAGAGAGCAUCAAUUAAAGUUGAUGAAGACCAAUUGGAAGACUCUUGUAUUAAUGAAACCAGCAAUCUAACAUCUAGCAAGUUGGAAGAGGACAUGGGACCUCUAACCCUCUCUGUCAUGAAGGCAAGACAGUUGGUUUCCUGGUACACCUUGGCCCAUAAUCCACACAUGGCCCAGGUGGUCAACUGCAGCACAUCAACUGCCUUUCCUCUGCUGUGGGUAAGGUGCGAUGGUUCUGAUCCUGAAGGUACUGUUUGGCUAGGAGCUGAACCUGUGAAUACCGGGAAAGAGAUUACAUCAAUUGUUUUCCAUAUAGUUACAUGCACUGGACCAAUUUUUGACAAAAAUUCUUUCACAAGCGUGGAAAAGUUGAAAAGUGCCCAUAAAGACAGACAUCUUUGUUCUGCUGUCAUAACGAAGGGCUUUGCACAGUAUGAUUUGUUUGGUGCCACUGUAUUGGAGAAUACAAUAUUGGAAUCCCAGAGUAACAUUAUGGUGGAUUUCACUUGGAACAAUGUGGACAAAAUCUUAGAAAUUCCACCACUUACAUCAGUUGCUACACUGAAUAUCAAAGUGGAACCUGGAGACCUGAGAAGUCCUGUUAUCCAAAUAUAUAAGGAGCUAGAAUUUCUUCUCGUUUUAGCUCAAGGUUUGAAAACAGGAGAAACAGAGUGGCCAGAAGUUCUAGAAGAAAAGUCUGCUGUGACUGUUGUGCAGGAGUUAAUUGAAGACCUAAAGAACCAACUCAAUGUCUCUCAACAGCAGCUGAAGAGUAAGGAGACAGAGAAAUUAAAAAGUGAUGCAGCUGCUGUUGAAUCAACCAUUCAUGCAUCAUUUGCUCCUGAACGCGGAGAUCUCGAUUUUGCAGAGCUGCUUUGGACUGGGAUGAGGAAAACUGUUUCUUCCUACCAAGAUGUUGUAGAUUGCUUGGCACUAGUCAUUCAACACUUAAGAUGCAAGGACAUUCAACCGUGGAUCCACCAAGGAAGCAACAGUUCUCUCAGUAAGCUGAUUCAGCAAUCAUACCAGGGCACCAUGCCAACUGUCUCUGUUAAUGGAAUUACUGCUAUCCGAAUGCUGUUGGAGAUAGGACUGGAUAAAUUACAGAGGGACUACAUAAACUAUUUUAUAGGUCAAGAACUCACUACAUUGAAUUACUUGGAUUACUUUGUGAAUUGCACUGUAAACCUGGAAGAACAGAUGAUCCGUCUUCAAAAACUUCACCACAUGCUUGAGCUGGUGGUGAGUUGCAGUGCCUUCCUGAACCUGAACCAUGAAAACCUCUUCACACUGACUCAGUCGUGCUUGCGAUACUACAAAGACAAUCCACUUGAUGAACAGCAUGUUUUUCAAUUGCCAAUCAGACCCACAACCAUCAAUGCUUUCUAUGAGAAUGAGCACCCGAUCAUGUGGAGAAUGGAAAUUAUUAGUUGCCAUGGGCAGAGAGAAUUGAAGACAGUGUGGCAGCUCAACACUAGGCCACCAGUGGAUCAUGUUACAUUUAAUACCCCAGAUCUGCCAGUUGAUGAUACAACUUUGAAUAGUGAUUAUGAGGAGGCAGUUUAUUACAACACAGUGAUAAGUUGCAGUCAGGCACAUUUCGUGUAAACCUUCAAGGCAAAAGUGAUCCUUUAUGGAAUACAGGAGCUGAUAGGUACAAAGGAAACGAUUGUGGUGAAAUGAUCAUACGUGUGCUCUGCUCCUAUCGGGAUUGAUGGACUGAAAUGCUUCUUCUUGCUCUGGACUCUCUUUAUUCCUGAAGAAAAUUGAAUGACUUCACUCACGUACCUGCAGCAAGCAGUGCAUUUGUAAUGGAACAAGUCUCUGCAGCUUUGCGUUUCCAACUCUCAAUCUAGAAGAAGAUAGCAGAAAGAUUGUUUGGGUCAACAUUCUGUUUAAGGGAAAAAGCACCUGAACAUCACAUCGGAGGUGAACUGUUUCCUGGAACUACUUAAUAUUCAUUGUUCAAACUUGUUGUGCUAACAUGACCUAUUUAAAAAUAAAUUGGAUCUUUGUGCAUUCUUUACUAUUUUGCUGGGAGUU